AUGGUCAGCGAUUUGUUCAUCGAAUGGCUACACAAACUGGUCAAGAAGUACGCCAGAAAAGAAAAAUUCUCAUGUUCGUCGACAACUGGUCCCGCCCAUCCAGCUGUCAAAAACCUCAAAGCCAUCAAACUCGUCUUUCUCCCGCCAAAUACAACUUCGAAGCUGCAACCGAUGGAUCAGGGCGUGAUUAGAAAUUUCAAGUGUUUUUACCGGCAACGAGUAGUUCAGAGAAUGUUGGUGAAUCUUGAUUCAGGUGAAACCCUACCCACGAUCAAUGUCAAAGAUGCGAUCGACAUGCUUCAUUCGUCCUGGCACAAAGUUACCGAUACCACCAUUGCCAACUGCUUCAGAAAGGUGUCGUUUGUACAUCCACCAAAUCCCGACGUGGAACAGGAAGUCAGCAUUGCCGAUUGUGGAGACAUUACGGCCGAUAACACCAAUGAUGUUGAAUGUUUAUGCGACAAUUUAGCCCAUCAUAUCAAAUUCCCAGAGAUUACAUUUUCGGAUUUUGUCUGCGCAGACGACGAAACUGGUGUUUAUUAA